AGGUCGGAGGAAUGGAUGAGAGAGAGGGCGGAUGAACUCAAGGGGGAAGUGCGCCAGAUGUUUGGUGCUGACAGAGCCAUGAGCGUGUCUGCCAUGGUGAACCUGGUGGAUGAACUCGAACGCCUUGGCGUAGACAACCAUUUCCGCGAGGAGAUCAGCGCGGAUUCACAGUGAGGGGCUAGAUGUUGGCAUGUCCAAUGACCUGCAUAUCGUUGCCCUCCGGUUUUGUCUGCUUAGGCAACAUGGCUUCUGGGUACCUUCAGCUUGGGAAGAGCAAGAGGGACGUGGCCAGCUCGCUGGAGUGCUAUAUGAAGGAGCAUGGCAUGGCAGUGGAGGAUGCAAUGGCGGCACUUGCCGCGAUGGUGGAGCAAGCGGGGAGGAGGAUCAACCAGGCAUGUAUGGAGUUGGGCCGCGGAUUACUACCCGCAGCUCAGCUAGUGGUGAACAUGACAAGGAUGCUGGAGGUCUACUACCUUCAUGGCAGGGACGGCCUCACCUAUGGCCGUGAGCUCAAGGAGCUCAUCACCUUCCUCUUCCUCAAGCAAGUCCCUGUUUAAGCAGCUGCUUGUUUGCGUCAGUGCGACGUACUAAUUCCUGUGAUUAUGCUUUUUGAUAUUCUGUUUAAGCUGUUUAAGCUGCUUGUUGCUUGCGUCCAGCCUCAUCACCACUUAAAAUGUUUGAUAUUCUGCUUUGAUCUCGUUUACUGUCA